AUGUGUGGGAACACGUGUUAUUAUAUAUAUGUUGAUGCAAUUCUUGCGCAGAAUCAUAAAUAUUUUUAAUGCAUACGAAAUAGAAAGGCCUUUGGGUUGUUGCUACUCUUUAUGCUAUCUGGGGUUUAGGUGAUGACUCAAGAUUUGACUGAAGAAUAAAAGAAGUUAUUGGAAUAGUCUUAAGAAACACACGAAUUUUAAGCAGAAACAGGUAGGUUGAUGGAUAUUCUAAUCAAUUCUCUUUAUACUUAAAAGGAGAUCUUUCUCAGAGAGUUAAUCUCUAAUGCAGCUGAUGCACUAGAUAAAAUUCGAUUUUUGAGUGUAAAGAAUCCAGAAAUUCUGGGAGAUAAAACUGAAUUGGCUAUUAGAAUUGAAAUAAACACCGAAGAGAAGACAGUUUCUGUCACAGAUAGCGGUAUUGGUAUGUCAAAGAAUGAUUUAAUAUCAAAUUUGGGUACAAUUGCAAAAUCAGGAACCACUUAAUUCAUUGAAGCAAUCAAGGGAGGCAACGUUAACUUGAUUGGUUAAUUUGGUGUUGGUUUUUAUUCAUGUUUCUUGGCAGGUUAAAAGGUCACAGUUGCAUCAAAAAAUACAGAUGAUGAUUAAUACAUUUGGGAAUCUCAAGCAGCACAUUCAUUUGCAGUAUCAAAAGAUCCAAGAGGUAAUACCUUAGGACGUGAUGCUGUUGAAUUUGCAGAGGAAAGCACAAUUAAAGAAUUAAUCAAAAAAUAUUCUGAAUUUAUCAAUUUCCCCAUCUAUUUGAAGGUGACUAGAGAAAUCUCAAAAUAAGUAGAGGAAGAACCAGAAUAAUAAUAGGAUCAAUAAGAGAAUACAGAUGAUGAUGAAGUAAAAGAUACAAACAAGAAAGCUACUAAGACAAUUAAGGAGAAAGUGUCUGAGUGGGUUUAGAUCAAUGAGAACAAAGCUAUUUGGUUGAGACCAAAGGAGGAGAUCUCUGAUGAUGAUUACAAGAAAUUCUAUAAAGUCUUAUCAAAGAACUCUGGUGAAGAUCCUUUCAAUUGGGUGCAUUUCAAAGCUGAAGGAGAAGUCGAAUUUACAUCUCUUAUUUAUAUCCCUAAAAGAGCACCAAGUGAUAUGUUUGAUAAUUAUUAUGGUAAAUAAACUACAAGUUUGAAAUUGUAUGUGAGAAGAGUCUUAAUCAGUGAAGAAUUCGAAGAUAUACUUCCAAGAUAUUUGAGUUUUGUUAAAGGUGUUAUUGAUUCAGAUGAAUUGCCAUUGAAUGUCAACAGAGAAACACUUUAAUAACUUAAGAUGUUGAAGGUUAUCAGUAGAAAGAUUGUUAAGAAGAUCUUAGAAUUAUUCUAAGAUGCUGCUUCUUAUGAUGAUGAAGAUGAGGAAGAUACUGAAGAAGAAUAACAAAGAUUGAAGGAUGAGAAGAGAAAGAAGAAGAUAGAUGAGUAUAAUGAAUUCUGGAAAGAGUAUGGAAAGAAUAUCAAAUUGGGUGUCAUUGAAGAUUCAUCAAACAGAUAGAAAUUGGCUGAAUUGACAAGAUGGUACUCAAGCAAGAAUGCAACUGAAUUGACAUCAUUUGAUGAUUACAUUGAAAGAGCUAAACCAGGAUAAGACUCAAUCUAUUACUUAGCUGGUGAGAACAAGGAACAAUUACUUUCUUCACCAAUUAUCUAAGGAUUAUUGAAGAAAGGAUAUGAAGUACUUUUAUUGGAAGAUCCAGUUGAUGAAUUCACAUUUUAACAUUUAAAUGAAUACAAAUAAAAGAAAUUAACUAAUGUUGGAAAAGGUGAUUUCAAAUAACCAGAAGAUAAUGAUGAACAAAGAAAGAAAUAAAAGGCUUUGAAGAAAGUAUUCUAACCAUUGACUGAUUGGUGGAGAAAAUUACUAUCAGAAAAUGUUGAUUCAGUUAUCAUUUCUUAAAGAUUAAUUGAUGAUCCAAUCAUUGUAGUUUCUUCUGAAUCAGGAUACUCUGCAAAUAUGGAAAGAAUUUCAAAGGCUCAAGCUUAUUCAAGCAAAGCUGGUUCCCAAUAAUUCGGUAAGAAGAUCGUAGAAAUCAAUCCAAAUCACUAAGCCAUUUAAGAAUUAUUAUAAAGAGUGAAAGAUGAUCCAGAUUAAGAAACAGAAGAAAUGGCUAAGGUUUUGUAUGAAGCUGCUUUAGUCAAUUCAGGUUACUCAAUUCCAAAUCCUGAGAAGUUUGCUAGUAGAUUCUAUAAAUUAUUUAAUUCUGCUUUGGGUAUUGAUAGAGAUGCUCCAGUCAAAGAAUUUGAAGUAGAAAUCGAAGAAGAACCAGAAGCAUCAUCAGAACCACCUCAAAGUGAUGAUGGAACUAAAUGGGAAAAAGUAAAUACAGAUGAUGCUAAAUGGGAAACUGUAAGUAAUGAUAAGAGAGACGACUUAUGAUUCAUUUAUACAUAUGUAUUGUAUAAUUU